AUGUCUAUAUUGCCUUUUACUCCUCCGAUUGUGAAGAGGCUGUUGGGCUGGAAAAAGGGAGAGCAAAAUGGACAAGAGGAGAAAUGGUGUGAAAAAGCAGUGAAGAGUUUGGUGAAGAAGUUAAAAAAGACGGGUCAACUGGACGAGCUAGAAAAGGCCAUAACAACCCAGAACGUUAAUACGAAAUGCAUUACCAUACCGAGGUCUCUGGACGGACGUCUGCAGGUGUCUCACAGGAAGGGCCUUCCUCAUGUUAUCUACUGUAGACUGUGGCGCUGGCCCGACCUCCAGUCCCACCAUGAGCUCCGAGCCAUCGACCUCUGUGAGUUUGCCUUCCACAUGAAGAAGGAUGAGGUGUGUGUUAACCCCUACCAUUACCAACGUGUGGAAACUCCAGUCCUUCCUCCAGUGUUGGUCCCCCGACACACAGAGAUUCCCACUGAGUUUCCCCCGCUGGACGACUACAGCCACUCCAUCCCUGAGAACACCAACUUCCCCGCCGGCAUCGAACCGCAGAGUAACUACAUCCCCGAGACUCCCCCCCCAGGUUACCUGAGUGAAGAUGGAGAGACAAGUGACCAUCAGAUGAAUCAUAGCAUGGAUACAGGUUCUCCUAACCUGUCACCCAAUCCAGUGUCUCCCGCAAACAGCAACCUCGACUUGCAACCUGUGACCUACUGCGAGUCGGCUUUCUGGUGCUCCAUCUCCUACUACGAGCUUAACCAGCGUGUGGGGGAGACUUUCCACGCCUCCCAGCCUUCGCUCACCGUGGACGGCUUCACCGACCCGUCCAACGCUGAACGGUUCUGCCUGGGCCUCCUGUCCAACGUCAACAGAAACGCAGCUGUGGAGCUCACCAGACGCCACAUCGGCCGAGGGGUACGACUCUACUACAUCGGCGGGGAGGUUUUUGCGGAGUGUCUGAGUGACAGUGCCAUUUUUGUCCAGAGUCCUAACUGCAACCAGCGUUACGGCUGGCACCCGGCCACCGUGUGUAAGAUUCCCCCAGGCUGUAACCUGAAGAUCUUUAAUAAUCAGGAGUUUGCGGCUCUGUUGGCUCAGUCUGUCAAUCAAGGGUUUGAAGCUGUUUACCAGCUGACUCGCAUGUGCACCAUACGCAUGAGCUUUGUCAAAGGCUGGGGCGCAGAGUACAGGCGCCAGACGGUCACUAGCACCCCCUGCUGGAUAGAACUGCAUCUGAAUGGGCCCUUACAAUGGCUGGACAAAGUGUUAACUCAGAUGGGCUCACCGAACAACCGCUGCACCAGUGUGUCGUAAUAUACACACACACACACACACACACACACACACACAAAAUUGGACCCUUUAUACCUCCCCCGACCCUCCCAAACCACCCUUCCCAUCACCCGUCCAGAACCGCCCAGGAACAAACCUACAAAGAAACCCACUCUGAAAACCAGCUGUUGCACCAGCGUGUCAUGGGACACACACACACACACACACACACGUACACUGACCAUACAACACCAUUACCAAGUAACCCAAAAAUACCCCACCUGAAUACCCCCACUCCCACCGCUGCUCAUCCACUUACCACCCAAGAACAAACCCCCAAAAAACAUUCAGAGAAGAAGGGGUGAGUGAAACAGAAGAGGAGUGAAAGAUUUCUUGUUUUUACCCAGCACUCCACCUGCAGCUGGUUCCAGUAUUUUUUUGGAAGCACUUUUUCAUGACGAACGCCAUGUGUCACAUUCGAGCCAUCUGAAUGCAUUUUGAUGGUCAUCGUCACCCCUUUGAUUUUGAUGUCGGAAGCAUGUGAGCAAUAUUGACCACUUGAGAUGUGCGAAAACGAAACGCAGAUUGUAUACAUUCAUGGACAGACGGAACUGUAUUUUAUAGGAGCAGAUAAAGUGUUAUUUUUGGACAGAUAUACAGAAAGACAAGGCCUCUUAUACUUGUGCAUUGUGAAA